AUGGAGGACAACCUAGACAUACCGGAGGAGUCUAUGCGACACAUUGAGGCCCUGCUGGCGAGGCAUCCUCCACAUUUGAUCCAGAGAAUGUUUUCUCAAGCGAUAGAUUCGCGCCGCAACUCUACAGCCUCGUCAUUCAUGUCUACCAGCACCGCGAGUUCAUCUACAACAUCCUCGUCGGGGUCAUCAUGGCGGUCUCGGCUUUCUAUGGCAUCAACAUUCUCUUCAUCUACAGGAAGCAGCGAUACGCGAAGUUCCAUUGCUUCCUCUUCGUCAUCGCGCUCUAGGAUGAGAAGGGCGGAGCCACGUUCCUACCCAGCUGGGCUUGAUCCGACACGUCCGGUGCCGGCUUCCAUGCCUGCGGUGGACACUGAGAGUCCACUUGACCUGAAGAUUGAACCAAGCUACACACCGACAGACGACAUUAGUGUUGCUUCUCCAUCGCUGAACCCGGAUGAUGACAAGUCACAGAGUCAGUCCGGCGAGCCAUUCAUGUUCUGUACGUAUUGUGCCGAACAGAAGAGCCAGAAGACGUUCAAAGCAAAGUCUGACUGGAAGAAACAUGAGAUGAGGAUGCACGAGACUGGAGAAGACUGGCCAUGUGUCGUCAACGGUUGCAACCGCAUUUUCGACCGACAGAAAGAUUUCAUCAAGCAUCAUCAACGCUACCAUGCCGGUCGACCCCUGCCAUCGCUGACAGACAUUGGCAUCACAUUAUUGCCGCGAAGAGUGUUUGGUUGUGGGUUCGAUAAGUGCAAAGAAGUCAGCAUCGGUUGGGAUGAGCGAUGCGACCACGUCGCGAAGCACAUGAAGAAUGGCGCGACGAUGGACCAAUGGAAAUACUCUAAUGUGAUCAGGAACCUAAUACGACAGGAAGCUCUCCACGACACAUGGAAAGAGCUUAUCGGUUGCUUGGAUGAGAGAUUGCGAGAGAGUCGGUCGCAGAUUAGUUGGUGUCCCGACAACUCGCGAAUCCUCCGACAGAAGCUCCAGUGCUGUGACCUUCGACCGAGUCGGGAAGAGGUUUUGAUUACCGCCUUGAGUCUACGCGCUGAUAUACCCCUGGACCCUGUGCAUCAACAGUUACCCACCGGCUUCGUAACUCCCUCGAGAGAUUCCGUCCCGCAUGUUGAGAAGCUGUCGCGCGAGCAGCGGAUGCACAUACUCAUCGGAAACUCAAAUCCGCAUCACUCACGAGCGCGUCUCGCAAGUAUCAACGCAGCUUUGCUACGCAUCAGUAGUUCGUUGGCGCACGUACCGGACUACGAUUGCGGCUCGUCUCCAUUUGUGGAGCCGCAGACGCCUGGUGCGCCCGCAGUGGAUACGGCCAGCCGCCGUAUCAGUUAUAUGGACGUGGACCCUGGAGAUUACCUGGACGUAGCGCAACCGGCUAUUCCUGAUCUCCCACCGGCUAUGACGACAUCCACAAUGCAUACACCCCAUGCACACCCCACACCAGUCAUGGAUCACGAGCAGCACACACAGUUGUACCAACAGGAGUACAUGGACCAAGUUAAAGUUACACCCAACCCGCUGGAAUCGCUGUAUCCCAACUACUUCGGUGCUGCUCCCCAGUUCGAAGAGUCGCAGUACUACGACCGCCCUUCGUUCGGGACCUUUGCCGGCGACAUCGACAACGAACUUCUUGCAAAAACUUCUGUUGCGGACUUCCAUAGUCGUUACCAUCAACGCCAGUCGAUCCCUGUUAGCCUUGAUAUUCAUAACCCUCUACCUCCUUUGCAUCAGCUAUACGUUAUAUCGCGUCAUAACAAGGAUGAUGAUACCGAUUCGAUGGGUACGCUCCCAUCUGACAUCAAGGGCUACCUUCUGAGCAACAUCGAGAUCUAUCUGCUCAAUCACAUCGAAGACAACGAUAUCAUAGCCUCUGGACUGCCGAGUUUCAUACACAAGGUUACGGACAAGCUCAUGCAGUUUGUUACCACGGGUACAGAUCAUUCCGUUCUGCGAAAGGACUAUCUGAACGCACUUAUCCAUGGUCUAGUCCUUACAAACAAAGUUGCCCCACGGACUAUGUUCGACACAAAGCCAUUGACGUUGGACUCCGUCUUUACACCGAUCUUCAGACCUGGUUCGCGCAGCAUAGCGGAAAGGGAACGGGACCAUCUCAACUCUGCACAAGAGAACGUCAACGACAUGCUGGCAGCAGCAGCUACAGUAGGGAGUCUCGCAGCUGUUCGUCACUACAUUUCGCAAUCUGCUGAGGUUAUUGACUGGUUCCCCAAAUACUUUGCUGGCUUUGGUAAUCCUUUGACCGCAGCAGCUUCCAGUGAAGAUGUCGAAGUUCUUGAGUGUCUGCUCACAGAAGUCAACAAUGAGCUCACGAAGCGGCGUUUCGCUCGGAUACAGCACGGUCGUACCACCCGGUGUGGUCCACUCACAGAGACUAUCACUUCCGCAAUAAGAUUCGCAGUUCGGACCGGAAAAUUGAGGGCUGUCGUCACACUGUUUAACUUCUUGCCAAGAUGCCGCGUUGAAAUACCAGCGCAUAUGAAGUCCCGGUCACACUACCUUACCGAUGCCAUGAGGUGGGGACAGAUGGACGUGUUCAUAUGGCUCAUGGACCAAUGGAAUCCUCUAAUCGCCGACCUGCCCCAUUGGAAUGCCCUGACUGCAGGUUUACGUCUUGCGGUCAAACAUGGUCAUACCAACAUUGUGCGAUACGUCUUCGACAAAGGUUUGGUAUAUCCAGAUGAUGCGGACGUCAACACUGUGCUCAUCGCUGCGACACACGGUCAUCGCGCUAUCAUACAACUGGCGCUCGACCGAGGCGUUCAGCUUACGAUGCGGGACCUCAUCGCGGCGCUGAACGGAUCACUUCCCUUCCUCAUCACCCAAUAUCUUCUGCUUCACAACGUUCCACUCACGUCUGUGACCAACGUGGAAGGUGGGAGGUCAAUCACUACUUCCAUCGUUCCUACAGUCGAAGCGCUCUGUCGAGAAUCUAUCCACAUUCCUUUCGGCGAUUACAACGCGGUUCGGGGCGGGGAAAAGGUGCUGGCGCUCAUACUCUUGGCGAACGAGAUGAGACGACAAGUUCCAGAGCUUACGUUGGACAACUGUGUUGAGCUGAAGAAGGUGUUCGAUAGGCUGGUCAGAAAGUGUCUGCGCUUGCCAAGGGGGUCAAUUCCGUAUAUUGAGAUGGUUGAAGAGCUGCACAGCUGGAUGGAGUGGGGAGAUGGACGAGAGUGGGCAAAUUGUGAAGUCUAG